AUGUCCCGACUCAAGGUUUCUUCGCCUAACAACAACAACGCAAAUAUUCCUCGUGAGCAGAACAAGAGAAAGGUCUCCUCCAGCCUUCUCUACUCGCCACCUCCACCCACUGCACGAUCGGUUUCCAAAUCAAAGUUUGUGACAUACGCCAACGUUGUUCCAGCCGACCAGUUUUCGAAAUUCAACGAGAGCGUCACUCUCACUACACACGCAACCCACGAUUUCCUCCAGCACACGCCGGCGCUCUGCAAGAGAUGGCGUGGUCCCUUGUCUUUGGCUGUCUAUGCGCCGGGCCCCGACUACGCCGUCGUGUUGGACAAGAUCUCGUUUCUGCGGCGCUGCAGCGAACCCUGCGUCCGCGCCAACGUUACGUGGCACAUUGUUAGCGACAGCGACGAUCCUCCGGUCAAGCCCGGGAAGACUGCCGCCUACGUCCUGGCCCAAUGGAACAAGUCGUGUUCCUCGGACGUCAUGACAGCAACGUUUGUUAAUUUCCGCAGGGUACACAAAAAGGUGUACCCAGUCAACGUUCUCAGAAAUUUGGCCAGAAUGCACGCGAAGACCAGGCAUCUCAUGGCGUCGGACAUCGAGCUGUACCCCAGCCAAGACAUCAUCCCACGGUUCUUGCGGUUGGUGCAGCGACGGAAGGAUCGCUCGCCAGUAAAGGAGGUGUACGCGCUGCAGCCGUUCGAGGUGAGGGCAGACCAGGAUGCCCCACUGAUCAAGCGGGAGCUGGUACGGAUGCUCGGAAAUGGGACGGCCGUGUUCUUCCACCAGAAGUUUUGCGCGGCCUGUCACAUGGUUCCCGAGUGGAAGCAAUGGUUGAGUUACCUCCCAGACGAUGAUACCCUCGACAUAUUCACCACCGAGACCGAUGCGAAAAAUAACUCCCUUUGGGAGCCUAUUUACAUCGGCACCAACGCCGAGCCGCUCUACCCAGAGGAGAUGUCCUGGGAGGGCAAGAGGGAUAAGUUCACACAGAGGUACGAAAUGUGUCUCAUGGGGUACAAGUUCCACGUGCUGGACAACGCCUUCCUGGUGCAUGCUCCAGGAAUCAAGCAGAGAGGUGAAAGCGGAUGGCGGCAUCACUACAUUUCAAUCAAUUAUAAGCAGCACAACAAUCUUCGACGAGAAAAAAAAAUCAGCAAAAACCAAAUUGAUCUUUUAUACGGCAGUGUGGCAAGUCUUCUAGCCCAACUUUAA